GCCAUCUAAAAAUCUUCGGUUUUUUGCCGUUGAUUUAAUAACAAAAAUUCCAAUGUGAAAAACAAUUAAUGUUCUUAAAAAGUUAUGUUGCAGUUCUUCUUGCAUUAACUCUAAUCGUUGCAUCUGAAAGAGACAGACGAGUGAUAACCACGCUGAGGUUCUCAAGAUACUACGUAAAGCCAACAGUUGUGAACGGGGAACCAGCGAGACCUAACGAAUUUCCUUACUUGGUUUCUUUAAAGGAACCUAUUCAGAGAAUAACUGAUUCUAUAAAAAAAUGGGUCAGCUUCUGCGGUGGAAGUAUUAUAAGCGAGUCAAAAGUGCUCACGGCAGCGCAUUGUUUUGAAUCUCACAAUUUUUACUAUCUCCGAAAUCCUAAACCGAUACGGGCCGUCGCUGGAAAUCUACAUACAGACUUAAUACAUUCCGGUGAAACGGUGACCACUAAAAACACACAGUGGCGUAGAAUAGCAAAAAUAAUAAUACACAGACAUUUCUAUUUCCCUACAAAUGAUAUAGCUUUGUGCUUUGUUGAUAAAAUUUGGGUUUUCAAUAGUAACGUUGAUUACAUUAUCACGGCCAGAUGGAGGACAGAUUAUGACGCGAAAUGUGUAGCAAGCGGAUACGGCAAGACAAAGAGUAAUGUGAUAGACUCAAUUUCACCCGUGUUGCUAAUGGCAAAGAUAUCAGUUCUAUCUCAGAGAGCAUGCUCGAAACUGUGGGAGAUAAAUAUGGACAGCUUCAUAUGUACAGAUUCCGCUUUAACGGAUGUCGCGGAAGGCGACUCUGGAGGACCUUUAGUGUGUCGAGGGACUUUAGAUCCUACAGAGAAUGGCUCGAAUGGUUUAUUGGUAGGUGUGGUUAGUGGUAAAAAUUUUGAUUUAACGACUUUGUUUACAAGAGUGUCAGAGUAUCAUGAUUGGAUCGAUAGAAAUUUGGCGAGUUGUCUCAGAAGUGAUAUCUUGUGUUUGAUUAUUAUAAUUUUAGUAAAUUAUUGUUCUUUUUUUUGAGUAAAAUGUUAA